AAUGGGAAGAAAUGAGUUGUUGCCAUUUAUAGCAAUGGUGAUAGUGCAAAUAGGGUAUGCUGGGAUGAAUAUAAGCUCCAAGGUUGCUAUGGAUUCUGGCAUGGCUCCUCUUGUUCUUGUUGCUUACCGUCAGCUUUUUGCUACUCUUGCUAUUCUUCCUUUUGCUUAUUUCCUCGAAAGAGAAAAGUGGCCUAAGAUUACUAGACAAAUUCUCUUUCAAGUUUUCUUAUGUUCUCUUUUUGGGGCAACCUUAAAUCAAAUAUUUUAUUUCAUUGGGCUCAAGGAAACCACUGCAACCAUCGCUUGUGCACUGAAUAACAUGCUUCCAGCACUCACCUUCCUCUUCGCUAUUCCUUUUGGCUUAGAAGCAAUUGGAAUCAAGAAGAGGGGAGGACAAGUAAAAAUACUAGGAACAAUAGUGUGCAUUGGUGGAGCUAUGCUACUUUCAUUUUACCAUGGACAUCUUAUUGACAUACAACAACCCAAAAUCAAGUGGCAUUACACUCAUGAUAAUACCACAAAUAGAGCUAAUAAUGGUUCAAGUAGUCACUACAAUUUCUUGUUAGGACCUCUUCUUGUCCUUGCUAGCAACCUUGCUAUGGCUAUUUGGUUUAUAAUCCAAGCAAAGUUGAGCGAGAAUUUCGAGGCUCCUUAUACAAGUUCAGCAUUGAUGUGUUUCAUGGCAACAAUCCAAUGUGUUUUCAUUGCAGCUUGUACAAACAACAAAGUCUCUGAUUGGUCUUUAAGCUCUUACAUUAGGAUGAUCGCUAGUAUUUAUGCGGGUGUUGUGGGCUCAGGCAUAGCUGUUUGCCUAAUGUCAUGGACAAUUCAAAGAAAAGGGCCAUUGUAUGUUUCGGUGUUUAGUCCCUUAUUGCUGGUGAUUGUAGCAUUACUUAGUUGGGCCUUGAGCAUGGAGAAACUCUACAUUGGAACGGCUAUAGGAUCAAUAUUGAUAGUGUUGGGCCUCUAUGCAGUUCUAUGGGGUAAGAACAAAGAAGUAAUCUAUGAUAACAAUCAAAGUAAGUCAAAUGGAUGCAUUAACACUCAAGAUCAGGACAUAUUCAAUGAAGUAAGAAAGGAUGAUUUGGAAAAUCAAGAACAAUUUGUGGAUCUUAAAGGCAAUUACAAUGACAAUUUGGAUUCAAAAUAUUGAAGAAAUUUUGGUGAAAAUUGGAAUGUAUCAACUUUGUAUGCA